UGUGUUUAUUCCACAGGUGUUAUAGUGACCACUGGCCAGAAGCUGGACAGAGAAUUACAGGAAAGUCAUAUUCUUGAGGUAACUGUUAGUGAUAAUGGAACGCCAAGCCUUUCUUCAGUCACACGAGUCGUUGUCCAAAUCCUUGACAAAAAUGACAACAAGCCAAAGUUUCUACAAAGGAAUUAUAAAGUUAACAUCAUGGCUAAGUCUCCUGGAAGUAAACCAAUGCCAGUGCUUCGCGUUUUCGGGGAGGACAAAGAUAGUGGUAAAAAUGCCGAGAUUACCUAUAAGAUCCGAGGGAGGGAACAGACAGAGUUUACUAUCAAUGCCACAACUGGUAUGAUCUAUGCGGUAGAAGCCCUAGAGCCAAAGAUGUAUGAGCUUAAGAUCCGUGCUACAGACAAUGGGGAUGUGAAGAAGAGGAGCAAGGUUCGAGCCCAGAUUUUGGUGGGACCUCGUCCAACUAGCUCACCUAAUGCUCCUGUAUUUGACCAAUCAGUGUACAUGUUUGAACCCGUGUCUGAGAACUGUAAGCUGGGUCAGAUGCUGGGAUUGGUCAGAGCCAGAGACCCUGAUAAGGACAAAGUUUGGUUCUCCAUAAUAGGUGGUGAUGACAACAGUGACUUUCUUAUUAGUCCUGUUGAUGGAAGUGUGCAUCUAGCACGCCGCCUUGAUCGGGAGACCAAAGAAAUCUACAAUCUUACAGUUGCUGCCACUGAUGGCGUCCAUGAGACUCGUGCCAAUGUUGUUCUCCGAGUUCUCGACAGUAAUGACAAUGCCCCGAUGUUUACGAAGCCUCACUUCAGCGCCAACGUGUCUGAAAAUGCUGCCAUUGGGACCACUGUUCUUCAGAUUUCGGCCAUUGACCGUGACAAAAACAGUCGGCUAUUUUACACCAUCCUGGCCACAGCCAACAGCGUCACUGACAACAAAUUUGAAAUAAACUCUGAAACAGGUGUGAUCCAAGUGAAACAGGAGCUUGACCGUGAGGUGCAGUCUGUCCACCAGUUGACGGUGAUGGUGCGUGACCAGGGGAAACAGUCACACCGGAACUAUACCUAUGUCACGAUCAAUGUGCUAGAUCAUAAUGACUUCGCUCCCGAAUUUCUGGAGGAGCUUAUUGAGGGACGUGUAUUUGAAACAGCAGCCAUUGGGACCUCUGUGGUUGAGGUCAUGGCGAUUGACAAAGACAAAGGUCAAAAUGCAGAGUUAUCCUUCUCCAUCAAAUCAGGAAACAUUGGAAUGAUGUUUGACAUUGACGAAACUUUAGGCAUAAUUACAGUCGCUCAGGAGCUUAAUAGAGACGAGAUGUCUUCCUACCAGCUGACUGUCAUGGCAACAGACCACGGUUCUCCCCCUCUCAGUAGUACUGUCUCAGUUACCAUAUUGGUUACCAUAUCAAACAAUGCUGCCCCAAAAUUUGUCUCCAGCAUGUUUAUGUCUGAGAUUCGUGAGAACUGCCCUCUUGGAAGUCAUGUGAUCCCUGUUGAAGCUUUGUGUCAAUCCUCCAUGUUGUUUGAUAUUAUAAGUGGAAAUGAGGACGAGGUAUUCAGCAUCAACCCUAACUCUGGCAUUAUCUACACAAAGGAUGAAGUGGACUAUGAGGUGCGUGACCACUAUAACCUGACUGUGUCUGCAACCAACAUUGUAGGCGCGACCUCUACUGUGCGCGUUGUGAUCCUUGUCCUUGACCUUAACGAUAAUGCCCCUGUGUUUGAUGAGACUAUGUGUGAGGGUAAGAUCAGUGAGAGUGCCCCUGUAGGCAGUGUUAUUCUCAGUAUGAGUUUGGAGCCCCUAGUGGUCCAUGCAACUGAUCUGGAUUCUUAUAAAAAUGCACACGUCACCUAUAAGAUAACUGACCCAAAAGGUAGUAAGUACUUUUCAGUAGACUCGGCCACUGGAGCAAUUAAAAGUAUGGCUGUCCUUGAUCACGAGGAGUUUGAUGAGAUUGAAUUUUAUGUGUAUGUAUGGGAUAAGGGUUAUCCUCAGUUACAGGCUGUUGAACCAGCAAAGGUUGUCAUUCAUAUUGUGGACAUGAAUGAUAACCCACCGUACUUUACACAACUGUCUUACCAUGCUGAUAUAUUACUACCAACGACUGAAGAUGUUGAAAUAAUCAAACUUAAUGCUACUGAUAUAGAUUCCAUUAAUAAGGACACUUUACUGUUUAGCAUUGUGGAUGGCAAUGCUGACGAAAAAUUCAAGAUAAAUCCACAAACGGGACAGAUUUUCAUAAAAAAUAAAGCCAAUUUAGAGGAAAGUUAUGAAUUAGGCGUUGAAGUAACUGAUGGAAAAUUUAAAUCGGCCUCUACACUGACAAUAUCUGUGAAUUCUCCAGAGGAAGCAGUGUUUGUUUUCAGUAAACCUGUGUACUCUGUCAAUAUCACCGAGAACACUCCAGGUCCUCAAACACUCACUGUCAUACAAGUGCUUGAUCCAAUGAACCAGCACCUUGUGUUCACAUUAUUGAACCACCAGGAUUUGUUCAGUGUUGUCCAAACAUCUGGUGUUCUACAGACCAAGGAGCAGAGUUUCGACCGAGAAGAAAACACAUUGUACACUCUGGUUAUAUCAGUACUGGGAGAAUCUGGCCAGAUAGCACACGUUCUUGUUGAAGUAAACAUUCUGGAUGAAAACGACAAUGACCCACAGUUUGUGAACCAGCCAUACGAUACAGUAGUAGCCCUUGGUCUUCAGACAGGUGAACUAGUUAGACAGGUAACAGCUAUCGACCGAGACAGUGACAGCAAUGGACUGGUCAAGUUUACCAUGGUGACAGGAUACCAGGACAAGUUCAACAUAGGGACUAAUGAUGGUCGAAUCACCUUGGCCAGUCCACUUGACCAGGCUGACCAGAACAGGGACUUUGUGCUGACCAUUAGGGCUAGUGAUGAAGGUAUCCCUCCACGAUCUGUAGAUGUCAACGUAACCAUCUCUGUCAUCAGUGAUGCCCAUCCUCGCUUUGAACAACAGUUUUAUACAACAACUGUCCGUGAGGAUGUCCAGCUCCAUACACCAGUCAUUAGUGUUCGAGCGGUCAGUCCCAAUGGACACAAACUCAUCUACACCAUCAUCAGUGGCGACACAUACAAAGAUUUCGAUGUGGACUUCAACAUAGGCACGGACGCACUCGGCCCGUGUGUUGUGGGUGUGGUCAGCCCACUUGACUACGAGGUCACCAAAGGUUACGAGCUUGUCAUCCAGGCAGCUGACGUGAAGACCAGUGCUACAGCUACAGCCACAGUUAGAGUCAUUGUAACCGACGUCAAUGACAAUGUCCCAUUAUUUACAAACUACAAGUACACAGCCCUGUUGUCUGAGGCAGUUGGUGUAGGGAUGUCGGUGGUCAAGGUACACGCUGACGAUGAUGAUCUGGGAAGCAGUGGGCUGGUGUAUUACAGUAUAGAACCUUUAUCAGAAGGCAGCACUGACCCAGAUUUCUUUACCAUUGAUAGUCAGACUGGACUGAUCACCCUUAUACAACAACUUGACCAUGAGGUGCAGACUGACUUCACAUUUGUGGUGCGAGCUACAGAUGGAGGUUUGCCCGCCUCCAGCAGUAUGGUAUAUGUACAUGUCAUCGUAGAAGACUUUAAUGACAAUGCACCACAGUUUGAUCAGCCUUCGUAUGACUGUUCCAUCACAGUACAGACAACUGGUCAGAUUGUCACCAGGGUAACAGCCUCAGACCCCGACAUCAGUAGUCAAGGCAACCUGAUGUAUGCUAUUGUGGGUGGUAAUGACGACCAGACAUUUCACAUGAAUGCUCAGACAGGGUUAGUAACUCUGACGGGUCGUAAUGGUGGCGAUUACUAUCACGCCUACACAGUUAAUGUGUCUGUGUCAGAUGGUGUCUUCACUAGUUUCACACGGGUCGGCAUCACGAUCAAGGAUGGCAACAACCACACACCUACGUUCCAAGAGCAGCCCUACCAUGCUUCAGUCGACGAAAAUCUGGGGGCAGGCAUACUCGUCACUGUUGUGUCUGCCAAUGAUGCUGACCACGGCAACAAUGGUCUCCUAACCUAUACUAUCACCAGUGAUCACAUGAUGCAAUACUUCAGUAUUGAUGCAGACACAGGAGAAAUAUUUACAGAACACAUGUUUGAUAGAGAAGUAAAGGACACAUACCUGGUCCCAGUGGCAGCCAUUGACAAUGGAGGAAGAAUGGGUUUUACUGUGGUGGAGAUUUCUAUCACUGACAAAAACGACAAUAUCCCAGCAUUCACUGCUCAGGAUUAUCGUGCAGUUGAGGCAUAUGAUGCCGCUAUCAACACCACUAUCAUACAGGUAACUGCCCGUGAUCGUGACCUUGGUGAUAAUGGUCGGAUUAUUUAUCAGCUCCACGAUGACAAUGUGGCUCCCUAUGUGUUUGUUGACCCUAACACUGGUGAUGUCAAGGUCAAAGCUGACCUCACGCCAAAAAUGCAUUCCUUGAUGCAGUUCUUUAUCAGUGCUGUGGACUUUGGUGAGAUCCCCUUGGAGAACAAUGUACCAGUAGAGAUUUAUGUGAUGGGGUCUGGUGAGGUAGCACCCCGCUUCCCUCAGUCAAAGUACAUAUUUGUGGCACCAGAGAACACAGAUAAGUUCAACUUUAUCCGUACAAUCACCGCUGAGAGCCAGCAGCCUGUGCACUACAGGGUUGUGCCUGGUAGUAACCCAGAGACCAAUCAUCCACAACUCUUCUCCGUUGAUGACUCUGGGAACAUCCACCUCAAUGGUGACCUUGAUGCUGAGGAUGUGUCACAGUAUACAUUAACUAUGCUGGCUUAUACGGAGGCUUCACCAUCCCUGGUCAGUCACACUGAAGUCUACUUUCAGAUCACUGGCAUCAAUGACAAUACCCCACAAUUUGAGUCUAACCCCUACACUGCAAGUCUAGUGGAGAACUCCAAACCAGGAAUUAGAAUCAUGCAAGUCAGGGCAUUUGACCUUGAUGAGCCAGAGACAUUGACCUAUAGAUUUGGUGAUGGCAUGGAGGAUGUCGCUCAAGUGUUCAACAUUGAUCAGCACACUGGCUGGAUAACACUGUUGUCAUCUGUUGAUCGUGAAACGAAGAGUGACUAUAAUAUUUCUGUUGUGGUGGAAGACACUGAGGGAUCUGUUACAAGGACAAGCAUGACCUCAGUACUGAUAGAGGUUAAGGACUAUAACGACAAUCCACCAGUAUUCUUGAGCAAACACUACCACACUGCUGUCAAUGAGUUGGCAGAGCCAGGAACAGUUCUGUUACCACUUCGAGUUUUUGAUGCAGACAGUGAACAGAACACACACAUCAGUUACUUUAUCAUUGACGGGGAUCCACAUGGACGCUUUCAGGUAUAUCAUACGGGCGAAGUCUGUGUCAGUCGGCCACUGGACCGUGAACAAAUAACAACAUACAACCUCCAAAUAGCUGCCACUGAUGGUGGGCUCAGUUCCAUAACAACAGUGACGGUGGAUAUCCUUGACGACAAUGACAACAGUCCUGUGUGUGGACAGCCAUACCAUGAGGUUGUGUUGUCAGAAGAUGUACUGCCCUCCGAUAUCAUCACCCGAGUCCAUGCAACAGAUGCUGAUGAUGCCUCCACUAUCAACGCCAAGGUCCGUUACCUUCUUAAUCGUGAGCAGGACAGAGAGAAGUUCACUGUGGAUGAGACGACAGGUAUACUGACCAUCAGAGAAAGUCUUGACCGAGAAGAGGUAUCCAAGUAUGAUGUAGUGGUCAGUGCUGUGGAUGGGGGCCAGAGGUCAUGUGACACCCAGGUCUUCAUACAACUCAGCGAUGUCAAUGACAAUCGGCCUGAGUUUGUUGAUGCACCAACAGAUUUCUUGUUGUCCGAGUCAGCAGAUAUCAACACCUUGCUUAUAAGAGUGACAGCUCAAGAUGCUGAUUUGGGUAUAAACCGCCAAGUGAAGUACCGCCUAACAGAUGAUGGAAACGGUACAUUUGCUGUAGACACAGAGACUGGAAUACUGAUGCUAAAGAAGCGUGUUGACCGGGAAAUGGUGCCGUCCUACCGACUUGUCCUACAGGCUAAUGAUCAAGGAACACCAAGUCUGUCCUCUGAAACUGUCCUACGUGUCCUGCUGCAAGAUGAAAAUGAUAACCCUCCUGAGUUUGUCCGCAACAGUUACAGUGAAACUUUGGCUGAAAGUGUCAAGGCCGGAACGUGGGUCACACAGGUUCAGGCUACGAGUAAAGAUAUUGGACAGAAUGCAGUGAUGACCUACACUAUUGUAGGCGGUAACAAACAGGAAAAGUUCUCCCUCAAUCCAGACACAGGUUCUAUCUAUGUCCUUGGAGAGCUGGACUACGAGGCUGCUCACCAGUACAUUCUUACCAUUGUGGCACGUGAUCGUGGUGUUGUGCCCCUUAGUAGCUCUGCCUAUGUUACCAUCGAUGUGACCGACGUUAAUGACAACUCACCUGUCUUCACACAGGCCAGUUACAGUGUGAGGGUUAAUGAAUCAGAAAAGGUGGCCUCCAUCGUUGUUAAGGUUAGCGCCAGUGAUGCAGACAGUCCUCCUAACUCACUGCUGACCUACUCAAUAUCAGAUGGUGACCGUCUGGACAACUUUGAAAUCAAUGCCAAGGAUGGCACUAUCCGAAUCAAGAGUCCAUUAGACAGAGAAUCGCUGUCUCGAAUAGUCCUGAUGGUCAAGGCUACAGAUGGUGGUCAACCCAGCAUGACUGCUGAAGCCUCUGUCCAGGUGGACAUCAUAGAUGCAAAUGAUUGUGCGCCACGUUUUUCAGAGGACAACUACACAGCUGUUGUACAGCGUCCUCCUCAAGGCAUCGAGGAUAUACAUAUUGGUUAUGACAUCAUCGGCUUCCUGGUGACUGAUGACGACCUUCAUCCAAACGGAGAACCCUUCACUUAUGAUAUUGUUAACGGCAACGAGGGAGGAGAGUUUCGUGUGGACUCGCAGGGAGUCUUGACUACAGCCAGUAAAUUUAAUCACAACAUAAAGAGUCUGUACCAGCUAGUCUUGCGAGUGUUUGACAACGGCUAUCCUUCACUGUACACUGAUGUACCAGUUACAAUAACUGUAACAGAAAAAGGCAGUCACCCUCCUCAGGUAGCUAACCUUGAGAUCACCAUUAACUCCUACAUGGACACGUUUCCUGGAGGCCUGAUUGGUCGACUCGAGGCCACAGACAUGGACAGAUUUGAUAUUCUCACAUAUAAAGUUGUCUCACAGAAUCGCCAUCUUUUUGAUAUUGAUAAGGAUGAUGGGAGACUGGUGGCUUAUGAGGGACUAGAUUCGGGUGAUUACCUUGUCAAUGUCAGUGUUACUGAUGGACACUACGUCAGUUAUGGCCUAGUAUACAUUGAUGUCGUAGCCAUCACAGAAAAGAUGUUGAACAAUGCUGUGACUAUCCAGCUGCAGAACCUCACACCACGAGACUUCAUACAACAUUUUCAGAAUAAUUUCCGUAAAGCUGUCAGGAAGAGGCUUGGUAUAAAGAAACGUGAUGUCCAGAUCAUUAAUGUCCAGCCCAGUCAGGCUUCUGACGGCCAAGCUCGGAGGAGAAGAGACACAAGUUCUGAUCUUGAUGUUCUGUUUGCUGCCAAGAGAGGUCCCAAUAACUACUACUCCAGUAAGUUGUUGAGGAAGAAGAUUAUGCAAAUGACUGGAGAUCUAGAACAGACACUUGGGGUCACCAUCAUCGAUGUGUUCAAUGAUAUCUGCCAUGGUGACCUUUGUCCAGACGGCAAAUGUGUGGGAGAGCUGGUGUUCGAAAAGAAAAGUCAGACACCUAUUGUCAUGGAUGUGGGGACAUUUGUUACAGCGCGACAUUCCUAUACCCACAAAUGUGUGUGUACUGACCAGUCUAGAGGUCCAUCAUGUGAGAGUCCGAGGGUUGGAAGCCAGUGCCUUCCAGGGCAGCCUUGUAUUACCGAAUCACAGGAACCAGAGAUCUGUACCGACUUCUCUUGUUACUCAGGAAAUAAACCUAUGACAUUCAUGGGCCAGAGUUACGCGAAGUGGACUCUGCAGGAUGCCUUUAGUAUAGAGCAGCGACUAAGUCUGUCUUUAAGAAUCAAGACGCGGCGAUCCACAGCCAACAUUAUGUUUGCUAAGGGCAAUGUUGACUACAGCAUACUAGAGAUAUUCAAUGGCAUGGUUCAGUACCAAUUUGACUGUGGCAGUGGUCGCGGCCUGGUCCAGAUCCCUGUACACAUCAAUGAUGGUAAGUGGCACACCAUCAGCCUUGAGAGGCGUGGCCGUAUGGCAGAGGUGUCCCUGGAUGGAGAGUUCUCCAACAUGGACAUCGCUCCAGGAGUCAACGACUAUAUCAACCUAAAUACCAAGGACGUUUACUUUGGUGCUGAGGUCGUUGCCCAAGGUUACCGCAACACAGUGCAGCGAGGUUUUGAGGGGUGCAUGGAGGAUGUAAAACUGUGGAGUGUUCGACUUCCGUUUGAGGGUAGCAAUGCUGUCGUUGCUAGCCAGGAGUUCAAACAAGUGCAGUUUCACUGUAAAGACAGUUCUGCAGGAAUUGAUGGCACAAAUAUCUGCAGCACCUUUCCUUGUAUGAACGGUGGCACAUGUCAGAACUCUGGCAUCAAUUCCUACAUCUGUGUCUGUCCCGACCGAUUCUACGGGGCAAAGUGUGAGAUUGACUCGGACCCUUGUGCCAACUCACCAUGUCGUAAUAAUGCCCGGUGUCAGAACAUCAAGGAUAUGCCCAAUGAGUUUGAGUGCUCAUGUCCCGGGGACCUGAAGGGCAAGCUUUGUGAGUACGGCCAACACUGUAUUCCUAACCCCUGUCAACACGGAGGCACAUGUGUGGAAGGCCCAAACCGUGCCAUCUGUAUUUGCCAGACAGGAUUUGAAGGUCCACUGUGUACAACAAGAGUCAAUCCAUGCCGCAACAACCCUUGUCUCCACGGUGGCAUGUGCCACAGUAUUGAAGCCACCUAUAUCUGUAACUGUACCAGCACAAGGAAUGGUGACCACUGCCAGAAUAUCAUUGUCCCUGAUAUCAGCUCCAACUCUUCGGGAAUCACGCAGGAGACUCUGUUUGGUAUUGUUGGUGUUGCUGUAGCACUGAUUCUGCUAGCCUUCCUGUUUGUACUGAUCCAGUGUUACCGUCGUAGGAAUAGCCGUCGCCGAGGUCACGGUAAUAGGCACAACAGUGAGGAGAGAGACAUGAUGUUACGAGGGAUGAAAGAUGAUAAAAAAUGCAAAGUCAGCUCUUUUGACCUACCAUCCUUACACAUGCAGAACAUCCCACCAAGCCCGCGUCCACCUCCAGUCCCUAACAGGCCGGUGUCCUACACACCUAGUAACCAUGCUGAAUCCUUAAACACUCUCAACAACUUUGACACCGUCAGAAAUUACGGAAGUGCAGCUGACGACCUAGAAAACUGCCACACUAACAUUCCAUACCAUGAUCACUACUUCCAGACCUUUGCUCCUCCUCCCCCCAGGAGUACGGCCAGCAUGGCUCCGUCCCUCCCUCCACCUCCUCCUUCAAACCCUCCCUCCGACACCGAGUCCAUACAGAAGGUGCCUUGGGAGAAUGAAUUCCCCAACAUGCUGGAGAACCAUGAAGAAAAGAAACAUCCUGAGAAGUUUAGUGGUAUUCCACGAUAUGCUCAUCCGAUGGGACCAGAUGCAACAUCAUUCAGUAGUUUACCUGUGUCUGAGUCAGAAGAUGAACCAGCAGCUAGGAGGAAGAAGAACAAAGAUUAUCACUGGGAUGCUUCUGACUGGGCCCCGCGACCUUCACUCCCCAACAUCAGCGAAGUACCGAUGAAGGAGGUCCCAGAUUCCCCUAGAUCUAGUCCCCAUAGUAAUGAUAGCAACACCCAUGUGUCCAGUUUCAUGCAGCCUCCACCCUGUAUGACAGAGAGUGGUGGCAUGUACACUGACCCUGAACUCCUGGAGUCUGAGUAUGUUGGAGAUUCAGAGUAUGCUGAGAAUGAAUAUGACACUGAUGACCAUGGAUACCCAAGUCCCCCUGACUACCACCAGAUCUUGGGGUUGCCUCCUUUCCCCGAGAUUGAUGAGCAGGGCAGUGGGCAAGAAGAUCCCUACCAUCUUCCACAACACAACUUACACAUGCACCCAGACCAAUAUCUCCCUAAUCACAGUUUCAGUCAGUCACGCGAGCAGGUUGGGGAAACGAAUCAUGACCCACCAACGUACCCCGAGGUGGAAAUUAGUGACGCAAGUGAUACUGAGGACAAUGAAAGUGUUGUACAAUAUGGCUUCCCCUCCAGCAGUAUGGGAAGGCGACCCCGAGCUGCCCAGGAAACUGAGUACAACCCAGACUAUGGCCAGUCGGCUGCUUCUAUGAUUGACAACAUGAGUGUGUCAGUGGGAGGCUACACCUCCACAAAUGCCUCGUGCUCAGACAUUUCCGGGCUUUGUGAGAUUGAGGACAGUGAAGUGAAUCUUAGUGAGGAGGAGGAGAGUGCUGAUGAAAUGACACCGUUAAAUAACGAACAACUACACACAGUCGUGUAAUGUUGCUUUCUUAAUGAUUGAUGGAUUUAUCUUGGGAUCAGAAACUACAAGGACUGUGUCUGAUAGCCUGACAAAUUAUAAUGUGAGUGUGUGAGGGAGAAAUUGCCUUUCUACAUCAGGGAAUAUUGCCCCCCUCUCCAAGCCAUCACAAGGGGCAGUCAUACAUACUUACAUUUCUUACAGCCUCUUUGAUAACAGGUGCUUUAUUACAGAUUUCACCCCAACAGCUUUGUUCAUCAUCAUCAAAUGAUAAAGAUUAUUAAUCUUGAUUACAUCGCAUAUUUGUGUUUCCAUGACAAUGGCCUCUAGCUGAUGAUGGUGACCUUUGACAUUUGGGCCGGAGUGGUCACCAUGUAGAUUUUAUAUUAUCACAUUUCCAUAAUUGUGCCAUCAUUUCAAAUUUAGUUUGUAUUUAAUUAGAAAGAAAUAUGAUUUUUACUGUUUUAAUUAUUGAAAAAAAGGUUUUCCUCAAUUCACAGAACAACCUUUGAUUUAGGUGGUGCUAAUAGAUUGUAUUCUCAGACAGUGUGAAAUGAUUUUAAGGUUAUUUCACUUCUAAAUGUUUACAGGCUGUUAACUGUUAGUAUCAACUGUAGCAUUACACAUCUAUCCAUGACCAGAAAAACAUUGUUACUUUGUUGUCACAAGAAAAUUCAGUCUUUGUUUUCAAUCUGCAAUAGCUAUGUGUUGAAUCUCGUGUAGUUCUGCCCAUUAUUUCCUGCAGUGUUAGUGGUUGUGUGUCACAAUUAUAAUAUGUUAAAUACAAUGGCUAGUUUAUCUAUGCGUAGAUAUUGUUUCAUCCAUUAUUACCUCCCUUGUCUGUUGUACUUGAUUAAUUCAACAUGUUACAUGACUUUGAAUGUCCAAUUUGAUAAUGAAAUGAAACUAUUUUUAAACGAUAAGUGCAAAGAUUUCUCAUUUACUUAAACAUUAAGAGACAAUAUCUGUUCAUGACAAAUUGUAAUGCUAUGUAUGAAACAUUGUUUUUUAUAUCUAUGUAGAAAUUAUGCAGCACUUAAAGAACAUCAAAAUUUUUUAUGAAUUAGCAUUCAACAGUAGAAAUAGAGUUACUGUCUGAGAUUUUUUGGCAACUUUGAAAGAAAGUGUUUAAUUUGCUUCAUUCAGUGAUUUUAACAUUGACAAACAAUAUUGAUUUUGAAAAGUCAGCUUCUUGGAAUUCGGGAGGUUGGAUAAUUUCUUAAGCAGUUUUACGGAUUGUCAUAGUACAAUACCACAUUGUUCCUGUUCAAUUAAUCAUCUGCAGAUGAACAAUAUGUUACAAUUGUGCUAAGAUUGCCAACCCAGGCUCUUAUGGUGAUACCCGGCUAGGUGUUAGAUUGUAGGGAGCGUGUGCGAGAGAAAAGUAGCUAGAUUAACUGUGAUGUGAGAAGGGAAGUCUUAAAGACAUUUAAUAGUUGUGUGGACAUUUGAUUGAACAAGAUAAUUUAUUUUGCUAUAUUAACUGGUUGUGAUUAUUCUGAAAGUCUAUGUUUAUGUAUGUGUUGAAUAGUGUCUGCUCUGUAUGUUCCCAUUAUUGUAGAUUUUGUAAUAUAUGUCGGUCCAAGUUUCAAAUUGUAUAGUUUUAUACAAACAAAAAUCAUUUUAAUAUAAUAUAAGUAGCUGAUUUUAGCUGCUUCGUGUAAAUGCUUGACAGUUAUGUUUUGAAAUUUCAUGACAUUUUAUCAAUGUCAUGUAAAUGCUUGACAAAUGCGUUUUGAAUCUAAUGACAUUUUAUCAGUGUCAUAACCUUCAUUUGACCUCAUUUAAUUAUAAACAGGUGAUUGUUACCUGUUUUGUUUUCAUUUUCGUUGUAUUGCACUGAUUUGUUUUAAUCAAAAAUGAUUUUGCUGCCAAAGUUUUUAUGUGAUAGGAAGUAGUGAUUGAAGGUUGUCAAUGUACAAUUGAAGCAUGACAUUGCUAGAUAAGUGCUUCAGUUACAGAAAAUGUAAUGAUAUACUGUAAUUACUUCAGUCAGAUAGAAAUGUCAUCAACAUGUAUAAAGAAGCAUACAAGGAUAUGGAUUCAGAUGUAAACAAUUAAUUUCACAUUAAAAUUUAAGUGAAUUGUUAUCUUCUUUAGUCAAGAAACUUGCUUAUAGGAGUAUUAUCACUUAAGGAUAUAUGCUACCUGAUUAAAGAUCUUUAUUUCAUUCUAGUGUGUUGGAAAGAGAAACUUAAGAAACACUGUUCAAGAACAGGUACUAUUAAGUUGUAAUCAUUAAAUAUUGCCUUUAAUGAAAUAAAAGGGAGUUCAGAUUUUUUUUUAACAGAAAGCAGGAGUUUAUCAAGGUAUCAUUUACCCUGAAGAAAUAAUUUGUUUUAUGGAGUAGAGAAUUUGAUGAUAAAGACAUUGUAAAAGAAAGAGAACUUAUGUGGUCCCACUGAAGCUUUUAACUUGAAGUGUAAACCUUGUUGAGGUAUCAAAUUUGUGUACUUGGCUAUGAGUUUUAUGGUUUCAUAUAUCCUAGUAUGUGUAGUUUGUGAGAGUUAUCCCCCCUAUAUAUUACUACCGGUAUAUACACUAGAUAGACUGUCCGUAACAACCUCAAUGUUUCAUAGCUUUCUAGUGCAGUAAUUAAUAAUAUGUUUGUUAAGGAGAGUCAAGCAUUUAACUGGAUUUUUUGUGUGGUAAAUGUGAGGGUAAAUGUUCAUGCUCAAAUGCUGCCUCUUGUUCCAAGUUCUUUUUUGAAAGUAAGGCUAUUGUGGUUAUUUUAUUUACAAAUGUGCUAUUUUGUUUUUUUGAAGAUAAUUUUGUUACUAUAUUCAAAAUUCUCUUAAAAGUAAAAAAUAUACAUAACAGUGUUCAAAAGCUUUCAUAUCAACAAUUUUGAAGUUAGAUGCGUCAUAUAUUUUAAAAGCAUGCUAUUUUAUACUAAUGAAGACUGUUUUUAUCGAUAAAAUCUGAGCAGAAAUUUUAUAAAUUAGAAAAGUAUGGACAUAACAUCAGGGCAUCAGAAAAAAAACCAUGCACUGUCUGAAUAUUUAGGUACAUUCUGUAAGUGUUAAUAUUCAAGGUUGAAUUAACAAAAUUCUAUUUUUUGAAAACCCUGUCACAUCUUCUGUGAUUACACUUUUCCUUUAUAUCAUUGAUGAAAAUACAUCAAUAACACAUUUAUUUCAUUUUUUUUCACUAAACGAGAAUUAAUGAUAAAUUUUGAAUCAAAAGAGAAUUGCAAAAAAAAUCACAUAAUCUACUCAUUGAUCACUAAUCAUGUUGUAAUUUUUCAGUUUGAAAUUAGUCAUGAACCAUUUUCUUUCAUAGCCAUCCACCUGUUGUUUGUAUUUUGUUCAAAUAGGGCAAUCAGAAGGUCAUACAGCCAUAGCAACAAAUAUAACCCGAUACCAUCCGCAACACCUCGUCCCUUUCUCGUAAAAUCAGAGGUGUUCAGGAUGAACCUAGUUCUGCUUUGGAUCUGUUCACUGAAUAUAGAUUUCUUGACUUAAAACGAAUGAAAACUAGAUUCAUGGCAACUGCGAAGAAUUGUCAUUGUAUGGUAUGCUUUGGAGAAGAAAUCUGGAGUAUUUGAAAUAGAAAUCUGUAUUCUUGAAUGAAAUAAAUGUGGAAUGAGUUGUGAAAAUAUAUCACCACAGUGGAUCUGUCUGUGGAAAGUAUGGAUGGUGUAUGAUGAUGGAAUGAGAGGUAGUUGAUAUUGUUUCUAUGUUCCAUUGAUUCAUACAAAGCCUUCAUCAUCUCUUAUUUUAAAAGCUUGUUUCAUGGUAAAUAACCAUUAAAAAUAAUAAAAAUACUUUGAAAAAAAAAAUCAAUAAAAUUUAUGAAAUUUUUA